AUGAUGGCCUCACCUAGCUUCAUGACGCAGUAUCACAAUCAUCAGUGGAACAACGGCGCCACACAGAGCCAGUUGUCAGCGUUGAACAUACUGCCGUAUCAGUAUCCACCGCAGCCACCGUCGGUGAGCAGCCUCGGUUCGGUGGCCUCCGUAGGCUCUGCAGGAUUGUCACCGACCCAAUCGAUCGCUUCCUCGAGUGGAGCAGCCAGCAAUAGCAGUAGUUUCAGUGCCGUCGGUGGUACAGGUCUACACGGUCCAGGUGUGGCUCUUGGAGCCACCGGAUGUGGUCCUAUCAGUGGCGGAGUAGGCAGUGGGAACACCGGAACACCUGGAGGAGGAUCGAACACCGCUAGUCCGGACGUGACGGCUGCUGCAGCAGCGGCAGCAGCAGCUGCGGCGGCUUCUAGUGCGGCUGCUUCUUACGGUUUUGGCAUGGUGCAGCAAUCUGGAGCACUUGAGAUGACCGCAAGAUCUCAGGCCAUGCACUAUCCAUCGUACGCGUCGUACAGUCCCGCGAGUUACUACAACAACGUCGGCAUGGCAACCAGUCCGUGGUUUGCGCAGGAGACGAUGUAUAGUACAGCGGCUGGCUGGCACGGUGCAGAUGCGUAUGGGCUUAAGCUGGAGGAGUACUCGCACCAGACACAAGCUCAACGUCGUUGUGCUCGCUGUACGUGUCCCAACUGCAUCAACGAACUGUCCGGUCUGCCACCCGUCGUUGGUCCUGAUGAGAAGGGUAAGCGACAACACAUCUGCCACAUACCAGGAUGCGAGAAGAUCUACGGCAAAACAAGCCAUCUAAAGGCACAUCUCAGGUGGCACACUGGAGAACGACCGUUCCAGUGUAAGUGGUUGUUUUGCGGCAAGCGUUUCACGCGCUCUGACGAGCUGCAACGCCACUUCCGGACACAUACGGGCGAGAAACGGUUCACCUGCACGAUCUGUAGCAAGAAGUUCAUGCGGAGUGAUCACCUCGCGAAGCAUGUCAAGACGCACGAGAACAAGGCGAAAAAGAUCGCGAAACGCUCGGAGAAGCUCGAAGAGGCGAAGAUGCGUCGUGAGGAUGCCAAGCUGAAAACGCUCGACUCCACGUCUACGCCAGUCUUGUCCAGGAAGUUGCCGGCUGGUGCAUCCCUCGGCAAGUCUCCUUCAGCGAAGCGUCAAAAGCUGUCAGCUCGAGAGGAUACCCGAGGUCGCGAGGAUGACUCCUCUACUGCAGGUAGGACGACAUCUCAACACCACAGCUCGAGCUCAACCAUGCUGGAGGACAUCAACGCCAACAUCCGCGUACCUGAGAUCAAGUCGGAGUACGGAGCCGGUGCUCUAAACGUCUUGACACCGCCUCCGACUGGAGACUCUCCUACUUCUGCUACAGCAGCUGCAGCAGCCGCUGCGGCAGCCGCCGCCGCCGCAGCAGCCGCCUAUCAGAACUACCAUCAUCAUCACCAUCAUCACCACCAUCACGUCGCGGCCCAUCAUCACCAUUCGCCGUACUUCCAGAGUCCGUUCUUCCAGGCGGGUGGAGAUGUCGGUGCGACGCCUCCACACGGUAAGGGCCCCUUUGCGGGGUAUAGCGACGUUGGUGGUGGAGGCGGUGGCACCUUUGGACACCCCGGGAGCAACAACCUGCGGCUAGGAGGAACCAACAGCACCUCCACGAGCCACUCCUCUACCUCACACGGCUGCGAGAGAACACCGCGCACCACUGGCAGUAGUUCUGCGAACGCAAGCAGUGCUGGCAAUGGUGGCAACACCAGUGGGAGCAGCAACACCAGCAGUAGUAGCAGUAACACCAGCAACAACACCAGUGCCAUCGCCGAGCUGAGCAACAGCCUGGUGAAGCUCGAAGAGUACGCUAACGGACACGGGCUGGGAGGAAGUCGCGUUGAGCCCGCUGGAACCUCAGCUACCCUCGAGAGUACACCCAACACCCUCAACAACCACGGACUACCUCAUGGAGCGCAGCUGUACCAUUCGCUGGCCAGCGACGCACCGUCCCAUCACACGUACCAUCCAUAUACGGGCAUGAAACCCGCCGGUUCGAUGUCAUCCACGUACGGUAGUGCGAGCUCCUCCUAUGAACACGAACCUUCUGCCUCUGCCAGCCAGCAACACCACGUGCAUCCGGUAGUGAGCGCCAGCAACACACCUGCCCAUCUUGCCUCCACCUACAACAUGAUGAUGAGCAACUACUCACUCCAUCAGCAUCACCAACAUCAGCCGCAACCGCAACAGCAGUCGCAACAGCAGCAACAACAACAACAGCAUCAUCACCACCAACAACAGCAGCAACAGCAACUCCUCAAUCAACAGCAGCACCAGCAGCACCAUCAGCAACUACAGCAUCAGCUGCAGCUCAACCUCAACUCCGCCGCCAACGGUAGCGCGCUGUUCAACUCCGAGUUGCCCAUGUGUCCCCAGUACGAACUACAGCAACCUUAG